CAGUAGGCCUCCAUCCCUGCUGCCAACUGGUUUGCCCCCUUUGUUCAUUCCGACUGUAGUCACCGAACAGAGAACAUGGCCAAAAUGACUUCCACGUAUCUGCUGUUAAUCGUUUGCGUUUCCAUGGUCAUUUUUGGCCACCGGCAGGCCGAGGGAAGACGUCCGUCGAAGAGGCUGAACUACUACAACUACGACGACGAGUCGGACAUCUUCGAGAGGCAGUCGGACACGGAGUACCAGCUGCAGCCGAAGUCGCACGAGGACGAGGACCCCAUGGAUGAGGCGCUGGACACCUCCGACCUGGACAUCGGGCUGGGCAGCCGCUUUGGGCGCAAGAAGCACCGUUUGCAGCGCAAGCCGGCCAGGAAGUUUCCCGAAACCUGGUCCAUGCUGGUCCACGAGGGCGAGAAGGAAAUGCGGGAGGAUGGACACUUCGAUGCCGACUUCAAGAUGCUCGACGAGGAGGACGAGCAGCAUUAGGCUGCCGAAGGGACCAGUUACGAUAUAUUAUAUACAGUUCCAAAAAGACUCUACAGUUUCUUGAUUUAUGAGAUUUCCUUAUUUGGGAUAACCAUGUUCUAGUCAUCAUUAAAAAAAUACACUUCCACAAA